AUGUUUUUACCUAAACGUUUAAUUGUAUGGGGAGUCCUUUUAGUUCUGAGCUUAUCCCAGUUUCUACUCUACUUGCCAACUACAACCUGUACUAGCUCCAAAGGGCUUCGGUUAUGUGCUCCGCAAUUUACUAUAACUGUCAUCGGGGGAUCCAGUACGGCUAAUGAGUUUAUUGCAAGUGUAAGGGAAUUUCUGCGGUUGAUUUCGUACCUGACAAUUGACAUGGGCUGGUCUAAUGAAUUUACUGAUCCAAGUGUGUAUGAGGAUGAAAAUCUGGUGGACACCUUUCAGCCUGACAAAAUUUUUGAGCUUAAUUAUUUUGGGUUUUGUAAGCGAAGUAAUAAAAGCAAAAUUUACUGCACCUCGAAUGAAAAUUAUGGCAUGGAUGUACUUGAAGUGCUUGUUAGAGACGUCGGAAUCCAAUUGGGUAAUAUUUCUACAACACGUUCGAACGAAACGAAGAAGUUCGGCGACUCUCUCGUGUUAACAUAUCGUUUGGCAUUGACGUCUAUUCGUGAUUUCCUGAAGCACGAUAAACAUAGCGGAAACGCCCUGUCAAAGGCCUUGAUUGGCACACCUGAUCCAAAUGUAAAAGACCCAUCGCCGACAAAAAAUUACUUGAAAGGGGUCAAUCUGGCCUAUAUAUUGAUGAUGUUCAAUGGCAUGGUUUUUUACCUUGCAGUGUUAGAGAUUGUAGUCGGAUUUCUCAGUGUCUGUGUCGUUUCAGCCUUUGGAGGUGCUCUGAGCGUCGGGAAACGACAUCGCUUAUUUCCAAUCCUUUUGAAGUUUUCAAGCUCGAUAUUAGUAAUUUUUUCUACAUUGACAAUGUUAUGUAAUCUCAUAUAUUUGAUUGCACUGAAAACUUUGGAACCCGAAGACGAAUCAAUGGCAGGCAUGGACAGUGCUGCCCCACAAGCUACAGGUUGGGAACUGCUACAGGUGAACGUUGGAAGCGGGUUCAUUUUGGGGCUUGCCAGGUACGCUACUCAGUGGGUCCUGCUACUACUCGCAUUUCUCGCGGCAAAUCAUUACAAAUCAAAGCCCAAGAAGUCUGAUAAGUGCGCAGAAAAUGCGUCUAUCCCCACCUCUCGAGGUUCCAUAGAGAAGUGA